AUGUUGUUGAUUCUUUACGAAAAGUACUUGUCGGCUUUGAAGCGCCGCUCUUCCCUAAUGGAGAAAAUCCUCGAACACCAAGUUGCAGCAGUUGAGCUGCAGCAGAUACUCAGCAGCAGCAGCAGCAGCAGCAGCAGCAGCAGCAGCAGCACUGCUGGCAAUUCUUGCAGCAGUGCAGCAGCACCGACGCUAAAGCUUCAGCUGUAG